AUGCUUAGUUCGCACAUACACGAACAUAAUUUGGCUGUCGGACGGGGUGACGCAUCGUCGCAAGUGGCUGCCCACACCUAUGGGACGGGCUACGAAUUUAACUUCGCAGCCGCCAGGAUAAUUGCUCACGCCGGCAACAAGACGGGAGGCGGAAUAAUUGAAGCCUGGUCCUCAGACGACAACUCAGUCAACCGAUGUAUUGAGUUAGCGCCAACGUACAUCGCCCUCCGCAUGCAUAUCCGCACGGCCGACAUUGCAAAAUCGAUUGACGGCGUCGCAAGCUUUCGCAUCAUCUUUUCCACCGGUACUCUCUUUGUGUACUUUGCCUGUAAAUGCAAUCCCACAAGUGAGGGAUCACAGGCUACCAACGAGUUUGGAGCCUACACGGCCACAACGCAGUGCUCUGAUGAAAAAUCCUAUAACGGCGAAGCAGUCGGUGGUACCGGGUCUGUCGAGGUAUCAGGUCGUUACGAUUUUACCGGUAUCUGCCUAUUCGAAUUUACGGCAGCUCUGGACGAUGAAAUCACCAUCCAUCCAGGCGAUAAAAUAACACAGAUUCAUCAAUUUGACAAAAAGUGGCUUUGGGGGACGAACCCGAGUGGAAAAGCUGGACGCUUUCCGAAGUCCUAUGUGGAAAUUUUUGAGGAUGAUGCAAAGAACUUGUAA